AUGAGUCAGAUCAGUGACGACGUAAAAACCUUGAGAAUGAAAGCAGCCAGCAAAGACAUAAGAAACAUGUGGGUUGAAAGAGAUUUACUUGAGAAAGUGGCAGAAAUUUUUACUACUGAGUUACGAGUUACGACGACAUUACACUUCGUCAAAGCUUUUAAAGAUGUAAUAACAAAAUUUUAUAUUUUGUUAAUUGAAGUUGAAAUUACAGUUUAA